AUGGUUCUCUUGGUAGAAAGGCUUACCAAACUGUAUUCCAAACUGGACAAUCACCACCAUCACCACCACCAUCAUCAACAGGAAGCAUUAGAUGCUUCAUUGGAGGGUUUUCGAUCGGAUGUUUCCAGUUUUUUGGAACGUCUAUCGUUGAAUCCGAAACCCGGGUCGGAAAUCCUGUCAUUAGCAUGGUUUCAGCAAUGCUUGGAGCUCAUACAUAGCAUCAACAGAGCCUUUGCAAAGCUGGUUGUGGAAAUAGACUACCCUGUGACCAAAUGGGAGACGAAGUCUGCGGAAGAGUAUUUCAACUACAGCUUCAACUUGCUCAACCUUAUGAACUCCAUUUCUUCAUGCCUAUCUCAUCUGGGGCAAUCUCGGCUUUCGCUUUCCCAUGGCUUGAGCAUUGUGGAGGAUUCGCCUUCCACCACUCUAAAGCAUCUCAAACCGAUUAAACUUAAGCGUCUAAUCAAGGAUUCAGAAGUGAAAUACGAUAAGGAAAGUACAGAAGGAAGUUCUUCAAGUGGUAAAGAAGGGAUUAUCCAACAAGGACUUAAAGAAAUGGAAAGUAUUGGAUAUUGGGUUUGUGGGAUUGUCUUGGCUGGUUUAUCUGGAGAUUCUGAUCAAUACUUGACGCGAAAAAAGAGCAGGGAAGAUCGCCAAUUCUACGCUAAUCGCAUGGAUGCAAGCGUAAGUGAAUUUAUGGAGAAAGGCAGGUUAUUGAAUGAAGUGAAAGAGUUGAAUGAUGCAGCUGAUAGGCUUGUAUCUGCCAUUACAACGGAAGGCGAAUGCAGAAAUGCAGUAGAGGAAUUGCAGAAAAGACUUGAAGAGUUUGAAAAGCUGCUGGAUGGAUUAGGGAAGGAGGUGGACUGCCUCUUCAAUGAAGUACUAGCAGGGAGGAAUCAAAUGCUCAACGGAAUUCGACGACAACAGAGGCAAUAG